AUGCAGCUCAAGAACUCCCUCGUCUGGUUUACAGCGUUGACCGCUGCCACCGCCAGCGCGCGUUUGCACGGCCACGAGCGUCGUCAUCAUCAUGACAAGCGUGCGGCAGGUGACAUGGUCUAUGCCACCAUCAACGGCGUCCUCCAAUCCUGGGUCAACGAAUUCUCUGGUGGCCAUGAGGCCACCACUACCUCUUCGGCUACUGAAGAGGCUACUCAGGCUCCUACGACCACCACUGCUUCGGCUGUCGCUUCCGUUUCCGCCAUCCCCACCUCCGAAUCGUCGUCCUCGUCCUCCGACUGGUUCUCCCACCCCUCCGACGGCCAGUACACCCGUGAAGGCUUUGGCGGCAAGACCUCGUCCAGCGGCGGCGGCGGUACUAUCUUCUACGCUGGUAACGUUGGUGACCCAUGGGGUAGCAACAUCAUCGAAGUUACCGAGGAAAAGGCCCCUCAGUACAAGCACGUCGUUCAGUUCAAGGGCAGCAACUCUGACGCCUGGACUGUCGUUUUCUGGAACAAGAUCGGCCCCGAUGGAAAGCUCACCGGCUGGUACGGCCACUCCGCUCUCAAGUUCACCCUCGAACCCGGUGAGGUCCGCUAUGUUGCCUUCGACGAUGACACCCAGGGUGGCUGGGCUGCCGCCCAGGGUGAGGAUAUCCCCAAGGAUCAGUUCGGCGGUUGGUCGUCUACAUGGGGUGAGAUGGACUUCUCGAGCUCUGCGAACAACGGCUGGUCCGGCUGGGAUGUUUCUUGUAUCCAGGCUCAGGCUGCUAAGCAGGCCGUCCAGGGUAUGAAGAUCUGCACCCACAACAACCAGAAGUGCUCUACUAUCACCGGUAACGCCGCCACCGUGGACAACGCCUACACCGAGGCUCUCAAGGCCGUCAACGGCAUUGGUGGUAACGAGCAGUCUGGUGCCGUUCGUCUCGUUGCCGAGCUCGACUUCAACUAA